AUGACGUCUGCAACUCUAGCACCUGAGCAGGUUCAUGCUCUCUUUGAUAUCCUCACCCAUCAUGAGACGUAUGCAGAAAUACAGGGCUUCAAGUCUCCAGAGACUGUCAAAAGCUACGGAUAUCCAUUCACAAGAUCAACGGUUGAGCCCCAGCCUACGCAAAGUGCACCUCCGAGUACUGGAUGGCGGAGUUGGGCUGGGACGCCUUCUAACUCAAGACCCGGAACCCCGAAAACAGGGGCUGCCAAGGAUGGAAAGGGAUCUCUCAGUAAUGGGGAUGACAAGGAGGAGCCUUCUUCAUCGCCUAUCCUCCAGGCGAUGCUAAUACGCUUCAUUCUAAAACUUCCCGGCAUGAGAGAUCUGCCUCGCGAGUUUUGGUCUGUCAGAGUGCAGGGUUUGUUGACGAGACUUGGCGAGGCUGAACUCUCUGAGAGUUAUGACAAGGGUGCGCUGGGGACGAGAAAGGUGCUGUCGACAGGUUCAAGUGGCCUGAUAGAGAUGGUCAGCCGAGGAGUUUUGGGCGGUGUUAAGAGGGCACAGCAAACGGAAAAGACUUCGGACAAGAAGGAGGGCCAAAAAGCUGAGUAUGACCGGACUAAAGCAUCAGACCUGGUCAAGGCUUGGGAUGAUGUAGUCGAAGGGUUGGUCUACGGAGAUUUGGUCGAUGAAAUGUUUGGCCACUUCAGCAAAACCGCAGACCUCGAAAGCCAUUCCCCUGUUAUAGGAGCAGCAGCAGAAUACGCCAUCAUCCACCUCGCCACUUUCAUCCAUCACAUCUUUGUUCUCUCCCCUGAAGGUCAAUAUCUCCUCAAACUUCUCGAAAAUGUCCACAACCUCAUCCCCUACAAGAUGGUCAAGCAGACGCUGCGGAUGGGCAAUGCUGCUAAUAUGAUUAGCGCCAUGAUGCGCCUCCUCCUCGCCAAGCUGAGCGUUACGAGCGUCACCAACUGGAUCGGCUUGACCGCGAAUGCCGACGACGGCAUGAAUCUUUUGCAACGCAUCAUCUCUCUCGUGUUGUCAUGGGACGCGGGCGAGUUUAAGAAGAGUGCUGAUAAGGUUGAGAAGGCCAAGGAGAGACCGAGUGAUGAGAUGCUCGAGGCUAUACGGCAGUACAUUGCUCUGAGCCGCGAUGAGCAUAAGACUGUUAGACAUGCUAGUGAGGAGCACGCUCAGUCUAUCAUCACCGCAAUUCUCAACGGUUCUAACCCGGACCUGGUGACUCAACUCGACGAUCAGAAGCAUGCGCAAUGUCUCGAGUACUAUUCUGCUCUUCUCUCUGUACGAGAUCGCGAGUGCAUAACAACUGCGUUCUGUCGACAACCCCCGGAUCUCUUCACCGCAACGAUCAAGGAUCUGUUCUCAGCCUAUGAACCGAUGAUUCGCGCUGUGCAUUCCCAGAUAGACCUUCGCGAGCAUGUCGAAGCAGGUCAAAUGUUUAUUGACGAGUUUAUCAAGACUGGCAAGCCGAAGAAGUCUGGCAGUAUGCCAACCGUGGACGAUUAUGUUGAUCUAUUUAUGAAGAAUCGAGAGCUCAUGUAUCGAUGGGUUCACGCGUUUGCGGCGUCCUGUCCGGAUGUUUGGGGGGAGAUGAGGAAGUGGACCAACGAUGCUGUUCUUAAAUUCCGCCAAGAGCGAAAGUCUGUUGAGAAGGCGGGUGAGGCUGAGGCUGAGGAAUCAGGCAAGACAAGCAACGGCACAGUUGACAUGAGUACCAUGGAAGAGCAACUCAGCAAGCUGUUCCAGUCUGUCUCUGAGAAGUCCCAGAAGGACAUACUCAGUGCCCUGGAUAACCACGCUGCAUACCUCGCGCAGGUUCAAGCACUCUCCCUAUGCCGCCUCCAACGCAUCAUCGACUCUGACGAUUCAGAAUCCGGUAACAUGUCAGGCCCGGGCAUGUACCUAUCACGCUGGCAGGGCCUGUUAGAAGCCACGGCGAUAACACCGGCUACACCAAAGGGGCCAGUUCGACAUGGAAAGGACGUCAAGAAUGCCCUGACAAUGGGCAAGAUUGGAGUAGAGGGUACGGAGAAGGGGAGGGAGGAGGCACUUCAAGCAGCAGUCGACGAGGCUGAGGAGGGACCUGAAGCUCCUGACGUAGAUAUUGUAGUUAGAGAGAUGGCUGACGGAUUUCGGAAACUAUUGCAGGAGAAUGCUGGGAAGGAUACGAAGUAA